UCAGUGUGCCACAGCCUCGGUAUGGAGCGGGUUCCUCUCCGGAUUAAAGACUGCGGAGAGCCGCGGCUCGGUGAUUAACCCACAGGUGUCAGUGUGAGUGUGUGUGAGUGUGUGUGUGUGGGACCAUGCCGGUGAGGAGAGGAGCGAUGAGGGACUCUGUGAAAAUAAAAGCGCAUUUCGGCGGAGACAUGCUGAUCUCGUACCUGGACCUGGGCAUGUCCUUCUCAGAGCUGUGUGAGGAGGUGAGGGAGAUGUGCAGUGUCCAGGAGGAGCUACCCCUUACUCUCAAGUGGAUCGAUGAUGAAGGGGACCCCUGUACCAUCUCGUCUCAGAUGGAGCUGGACGAGGCGUUUCGGAUUUACAGCCGCAGCGGACGCUCUGGUCUCCUCCUGCACGUGUUUCCCAGUAUUCCAGAGAAGCCGGGGAUGCCAUGUCCUGGAGAGGACAAAUCGAUUUAUCGCCGUGGAGCUCGACGAUGGAGGAAACUGUACCGAGUCAACGGCCACCUGUUCCAGGCCAAGCGCUUUAACAGGAAAGCCUACUGUGGACAUUGCAGUGAAAGGAUAUGGGGUCUGGGGAGUCAGGGCUACAAGUGUAUAAACUGCCGCCUGCUGGUUCAUAAGCGCUGUUAUAAACUCGUCCCUCUGACCUGUCAUAGGCAUAUGGAUCCAGUCAUGCCAUCCCAGGAGCCACUGGUUGAUGAGAGAGGAGGGGAAGCAGAAGUGGAACUUCCCCCGGAGGACACGGAGGACACGGAGGACGCAGACAGAAUAGCGUUGCUGCCCCACAGUCGGACAGUAGAGAAGCCUGAAGACCCUGAGGGUGUGGUGGACGGGAUGGACAAGCUGCAGAUCUCUGAGACGCUGUCUCUGUCUGAUUUUGAUCUGAUGCGUGUGAUUGGACGAGGCAGCUACGCCAAGGUGCUGCUGGUGCGUCUGAAGAAGACUGAACACGUUUACGCCAUGAAGGUGGUGAAGAAGGAGCUGGUGCACGACGACGAGGAUAUUGACUGGGUUCAGACAGAGAAGCAUGUUUUUGAACAGGCCUCCACUAACCCUUUCCUCGUGGGUUUACACUCCUGCUUUCAAACUGAGAGCCGGUUGUUCUUAGUGAUUGAGUAUGUGAAUGGAGGAGAUCUGAUGUUCCAUAUGCAACGACAACGAAAACUUCCAGAGGAGCAUGCCAGGUUCUAUGCUGCUGAAAUCUGUAUUGCUCUGAACUUCCUGCAUGAGAAGGGCAUCAUUUACCGAGACCUGAAACUGGACAACGUUCUUCUGGACCAGGACGGUCACAUCAAAAUCACCGACUACGGCAUGUGCAAGGAGGGAAUCAGACCCGGGGACACCACCAGCACGUUUUGUGGGACACCGAACUACAUUGCACCUGAAAUCCUGCGAGGAGAAGAUUAUGGGUUCAGUGUGGACUGGUGGGCUCUUGGGGUGUUGAUGUUUGAGAUGAUGGCUGGUAGAUCUCCAUUUGACAUUAUGACUGACAAUCCAGAUAUGAACACAGAAGAGUAUCUCUUCCAGGUGAUUUUGGAGAAGCCGAUCCGUAUUCCUCGCUCGUUGUCAGUAAAAGCAGCGAGUGUGUUAAAAGGGUUUCUGAACAAGGACCCAAAGGAGCGACUGGGGUGCCAGGUUCAGACGGGAUUCACAGAUAUUAAAUCUCACACAUUCUUUAGAACCAUCGACUGGGACCAAUUGGAACAGAAGCAGGUAACGCCUCCGUUCAAGCCUCAGAUCACUGAUGAUUAUGGAUUAGAGAACUUCGACACACAGUUUACCAACGAACCUGUACAGCUCACACCAGAUGAUGAGGAUGUGAUAAAGAGAAUAGACCAGUCGGAGUUCGAGGGCUUUGAGUACAUCAACCCCCUGCUGCUCUCCUCCGAGGAAACAGUAUGAGGGAGGAACACGACGGCACGGUUCUGUCGGCUCGCCCGCGGCUCUGAGCGAGCUACAGAGGGGGUUUUUACUUCUGACUGUGUGACUGAGAGAGAAAAAAACUCCCUACAACACUAAGUCGUCUACAACUCAUCUCUCAGACUCGUCUUCUCAUCUCACGCUCUCUCUCAGACUCGUCUCCGGAAGCUCUGGAGGCAAAAACACCACAGACAGAAACGCAGAAACAGACCUGGAGAAGUUUUUCAUGUAACAGAACUUGAGUUCCCUGAAAUCAUCCAGAUCGUCUUCCUCCGUCCCAUCAUCCCUCUGGUUUUGUUGUUUUUGUGCCUGCACUCAUUGUUACCCAGAAUCCCCUGCUACAGCUCAUGGUUCUAUUUGAGAACUUGAUUUAACAUGCACCUCUUCUUCUUCUUCUUCUUCUUCCUGUAUUUGUUGUUUUUAACCGGAUCUCAGACGCAGGCAUGUGCCGAAGUUCAGGUUAUUAUAGUUCAAGCGGCAGCGGGAGGACGAGGCGUCUCUUACAGGUUCCUCUCAAUCCCAUAAUGCUCUUCACCAGACCAGAGAAUGUGUGGAAAUCACAGAUCGGUUUAUGGUCACGUAGUUGUUUAUGUGAAUCAGGACGUCAAUAACGUGACGAAGCGGUCACGGUACAGAGCGGGAAUAUCGGCACAUGCUCGCCACCAACACGAAUGUUAAGUUAAACACGACGUUCAAUUAAAAAGAAAAGUUGAAUUUAUGGCUGAUGUACUCGCGCCACUUCUAAUGUCUUUUUAAAAAUCAGAACAACGAUUUAUUGAAAUUUACUCAGAAAUCAGCAGACAAACUAUUAUAAAAGGUUUAAAAAGUGCCUCAAAGAUCAAACAUUUACAUUUAGUCCUUACUAAACUUCAUAAACUCUAAAUAAAUUCAGAUUUAAAUUACACACACACACACACACACACACACACACACCAGAGCAAAAGAUGGCACACAGAAUGCUGUCCGUGUCUCAGACUGCCCUGAAAUCUCACACUUCAGUAUUCAAAACUCAGACUAAAGCGCUGUUCAGACAUCACGUUAGUUACACGUGUGGGCGGAGCUUGUAUCAAACAGUGGCAUGUCCCAAUCAAGCACGAAGUUAAUGUGAUCAGAUGGCCCCACCCCAUCCCCUCUUCCGCCGAGGAUAAACACCCUCCUGUGUGUUAGCAUAUACCUUGGCGUUGCUAGCGUGCUACAGCUGUGUCCAGUACGUGAGAGAUGAUCACCAUAUUCAACACCCACAAGGAUAAAAUGCAGGUUUCUAUGAAACGUCUCUGCACUCCUGUCCCAUUCCCUCUCAGGUGCUUCAAUCUGGACAGGUCUUGGAUGUGAUGUCUGUAUUCGCUAGUCACAGCUAGCAUAAAACAUAUCAAUGUUUUAUUUAAUAUCACUGUCAUAAAAGGUCCUGAGCCUAACAGCGCACUGAAGGAGAAACCCCGGCUAAUGCUAUGAGGAUAAGCAUGCUAACAUGCUAACACGUAAUUAUAGUCCCGUCGCUCAUCGUGCAUCUGAACGCUGGAGUCUGAUUUACUCAGAACGCCAACGUGACAACAGCUGGACUCGUGUCAUGCUUUCGUGACAUUUGAUGGAGCUCCGCCCCUAGAGGUCCCACAUGUAAUAAUAAUAAUCAUCAUGCAUUAGGAUCAAAAUCCUCACACGCCCAUAGAAACUAACAAAAACACACAUUCACUAAUUAACACAGACGCAGUCCAGCGAUAAACAGUUCCUCUGCAAUUUUAGAAAAUUAGCUCCUUUUUUUCAUGACUGAUAAAAACACAGAAAAUAAAUUAAUCUGUGUUUUGUUAGAGCUGAUCACAUGACUGAGAAAAAACAUAGACAAAGAGAAUAGAGAGUAAACACACGCUAGUGUUAGCUGAGCUCAUGGAUUAUAUCUGCCCCAGUGUGAUGUAUGCUAGGAGGGCUAAUAGGAUUACUUAGCAGUGUGUGUGUGUGUGUGUGUGUGUGUGUGUGUGUGUGUGUGAUAUAAGCGAUAAGCGCUGUAUAAAAGGGCAGCGUGGGAGAUGAUGACGACAAAGCUUGUUGCUAACGUAGCACAGGAAGCACACGACUCCAGGACCUCGUUCUAUUCGAGGAAAACGUAUGCGAUACAAAGAAAUAAACAGAAAUGACCCCUGAGCAUCAAACUGAGAGUCAAACGCAUCGUCAUGGUUACAUUUAGCUAGCAUAACUCUUCACUAAAGGCUUUACUAAGCUAACAGCAAGCUAACGUACAGUAAAGAGUCAUCUACAUGAUACUUUAAACUGGUUUUAUUUUUCAUGACGCGCUCCACCACGGUUUUGCUAGCAAUGUACACUAAUUAACAUGUCCCUGCGUGUAGUCUGAACUUUUUUUGCUGCUAAGCUAAGACGCUACUAACUGAAGAGAAAGUACAAUGAAACUGGAUCCUGAGAUAUUUAUAGCUAAAGUUCUAACCAGCAAUCACCUCGAUGCAUUUUACGCAAAUACAGAGCUGACUAGCACAACUAGCUAGCUACCUGAUUUAUGCUAGCUUUUAUUUUGAAUGGAUACGCUUUAGACUAGUGCAAGUAGCUCAAGAUCCCGGCUAGCAAAACUCAAUUGUAGCGUUGACGCGGUCAUCCCAGUGUUCCCAGGGUCCUAUGUUCCCCAGAUUGAUGUGAUUUGUUUAAAUUGAUCUUUUUUUCGAGACCUCCGACACCACAUAAAAUUAUAACUGUUAGUUUUGUUGUGUUUAAAAAGUUUUGAAGCCGUGUUCCAAUAAAAUAAACUGGAUAAUGUCCCGGAAAUAUUUGUCUUGAAACGGGUCACAGUUGCCUCGAACAGAAACAGAAAGUUAAUGUGCGUUAACAGAAAACUGAACCAGGGAACCUAGGACCCUGGGGACACAGAGCCGAUCUUGUGUUGCCUCUUUUAUGUUGUAAAAAGUAAAAUUGUUUAAAGAUUAUACUGAUCUAAAAGUUUAAAUCAAUUUUAAAUAUGUUUAUUGUUAUACGAGGCUGUUCGAGUCAAAGUGGGACUUUUAAUUGUACAGAAUAACAGAACACAGUCCUGAGAGUAUAAACUCCCUUUAUUUUUUUCUAUAUAAAUAUAUCUUUAUAUAAUCCCCUGAUACACUAAUGCACUUAUCCCAGUGUGUCAGUAGUGCUUGGACACCAUUAAGGUAGAAAGUUCUCUCAGUACUGAAACACCGGCCUCCCAGGAACUCCCUUAACGGCCCAAACAUGUGGAAAUGUCUUGUAGCGAGGUCAGGAGUGUACGGGGGUGUGGCUAUAACUUACAGAGUUCUUGUAGUGUGUAUGUGGUGUUGGUGAAGGAGUGUGUGUACAGUUCAUACACACACAGAAACGCGUCUCUUUCACAAGUUUCCCCUUGAUUUUCAGUGAUGAGGCGUUCCACUCUCCGAAUGUUGACGGGAACGACCGCAGUGAGCUCGGAAACACCUCGGUCCACAGACGUCUCCUGUAAAUGUCUGUAAAUUGCUUUUUACGCACUUCCCCACGCUUUCACUGACAGUUGCUUAACAUGUGAUUUGUGCAGCCUGACACAUUAGCGCCACCAUGUGGUAAUAGGGGACGCACAUCACUUUCCAGCGAAAUAACAGGAUGCGCUCGGAUCUCUUCUAUUCGAUACAACGAAUCCCGGUUUGACUCGAACGCACCUCGUAAAAUCACCAGGUUUUUAAACCCUUUUUUAAAGACAGCACAUUUUCAUAAAGGACCAAAUGCGGGAUGUCUUUUAGCCACCGAUGCUAUGCUAAUAAUUUACACUAAUUAUUUUGUUUGCUGUUUGUCUGCUGAAUGAGUUUCUGUAAAUAUCUGUAUUUAUUCUGUAAAACUGUUUGGAGAAAAAAAAGCUCCAGAGAUGAAAAAACAAGUCCAGUUUAUUGGAUAAUCAGCCGCACGAUGCGUCACGAUAUAACGCCAUGAAGUCUGAUGAGUGACCGUCGUGACGUUGAUCUUUAAUAUCAGCACAAAACCUGGAAAAUAUGUAAGGUAUUUUUAUUUUGCAUAAACCACACACUGCUUCUCAUAACGCCGCUCUGGAGAUUUUUAUGCUUUUCUAAGUUUUGUUUGAAAUCUCACACAUCAUCGUCGUCUUCUUCUUCAACACCAGGGGAAACUUUUAUAUCCCGUGUUUGUUUUAUAAAAUUAUUCUAAAUUAAAGAGUUUAAAUGAGCAGAGAGACGUGACCGAGUUCUCGCGCUUAUGAAGAUAAAAACUGAAGAAGUGGAAUGAAGUGACGGAGUGUAAAUCAGUAAAUGUUCUCUGUAAAAGAC